UUUAUAGGAUGUGCAAAUUUUCUGUCGGCAUAAGGUAUUAUAGAGUUCCAUAGGCUAAUAGAUCUGACAACAAAUGUCCUCUUAAUAAUUGACGUAUAAUAACGAGGAGAAACUAAUGCAUGUGUUCGCGAAGACGUACUAAUGUGAAAAAAAUUUUGAAGUUGAAAUUCCUCACCCAAUUGAAAGAAGGAAAACAAUGUAUUUUGUAAUCUAAUGCACGAAAAUGCAUGGAAUAUAAAUUUUAUUCAAACUGAAUUAGAAAUAUAAACACUUUUAUUCACAAAAAAAAGAAAAAAUAAGUCAGCAAGUGAAAGUAUAUAUUGAAAAAGGACCAGCCGUUAGUGUACGUUAAUGUAUCCUAUAGAUAAUGCUAGUAGUAAUCCCAAUACAUGCGAAAAAUUCAAUUUAUUCCACAAAAUCAAUAAAAAGUGACGUUUUGUUCGAAAAUAUUUAUAUUAAUGCUGAUAAAUUUAUAAAUUGCGAUAUACUCUUUGUAACAACGUUAACAUACACAACGAAACUCUAUACAUCGCUUUUAAUAAGAUCGUUAAAGGAAUCUUAUAACUGUGCCAGCGAAACUGACCACGGAAAACAUAACGAAAUUAUGGGCGACGAACGUGUAAUGGCUGGAGCUAAUUGUAAACGUUAUUUGCAAAAUAAAUUAGGAGAACGCAAACGAAGACGCCCAAAUUCAUCACUAUUAGAAUCCGCGGAAUUUUCUGAUGAACGUCUUGUUGGUGAUACGUCAAACUCAACUCGUUUAAGACAGACAAUACGACAGUCAAGUCAGAAACAUUUAGUAUGUACAGCCAAUAAUUUAGACGUUAAACUCAAUAAGACAGAAGAUCUACAAACACGUACAACAACAGCUGGUUCCAAAAAAUAUUUAAGAUCUAACAAACAGGAGGAUAGAGAACAUUUAACUGACUACGAAGAAAUGAAAAAACACAGUCCAUCCUCAGAAUACAAUGACACAAUGAAUUAUACAGGGUCAGAUAAAGAUGAAAAUAGCAACAAUGGCAGAGAUGCCAUGUAUGAUGCAGCAGCAAAUGACAUCACUAAUGAAAACUAUAAGAAUGUGGGAAAACAUGAUUUUGAGGAAGAUGAUAUGUUUGAUAAUGAAAAAAAUAUAAAUGAUGCCGACAACGAAAAUUUUGAGGAAAUCUGCACAAAACAAGAUAUGCAGAAAAAUAAUGACAGCACUUUCAAUUCUAGUACUAGUAUCGGCAGUGGUGUUAAGCCACCUAGUUUAAUGGACAUGAAUGAAAGUACACAUGCUGCAACGUCUACUUCGUAUGAAUGCUUAGAAAAUGUGGUUUUUGAAAAGCCUGAUGAACUGUACGUCAAUAAAGAGGUUAAGGAAGUAAAAGAUAAUUUUGAUAUUCAUAAAACUGUGAAUCCUAAUAACGAAAGUCAAUCUGACUAUGAUGUGCACAAUACAGAUAUGCGAUUAAAAUCAAGCGGUAAUGAAGGUGGUAAAAAUGAGCAUACGGUUCAGCUUACACCCUCAUCUACCUCACAUGAUAUACAAACCACCCAUUCGUUAUGUCACACAAAUGAAAAUAUUGCAUCAAGUCCUCAUUUCAAUAACAAUAAUGAUGAAGAUGAACAUCAUCAAUCGGAAUAUGAAAAUGACUUAAGUCAUUUAAGUAAUAGUGUUUGUUCGGAAAAUAGCUCAUCAUCAAAUCCAAGCUGCGAAAUAUCUAUGGAGAAUAUAAAUGAAAAUUUUUCAUCAAACGAAUCAAAUAAGCAGCCAUACGAAGGUGAAAUCAACCCAAACGAAAUCGAACAAAACCAGAAACAUGUAUUAAAAUUAACGAACAUAGCAAUGAAUUCAUGUUUAGUUAGUAAUAGUACAAAAAACCCGCACACUUUAAAUAUUGGUAUUUCAAGUUCGCCAAAAGAUGAACAAUAUAGCCACUAUAAUGCCGAUGAAAUUAAUGGUUGUGCAAUAAAAUCUUUACCACCAACAGUACCGCCCAUUAAUAUAACUACACAAACUAACCAAGAGACUUCCAACGAAAAUAAAUGUUUUCAAGAAACAGACAUUAAAAAUGGCUGUCUUGAUGUGUCUGUGGCAUCUGCGGCAGAUGCCACAGGCUACAACAAGGAAGAGGAGGCUGGUCCCUUCAAUAAUCCAAAAACUUCCACAAAUAUUAAUAUUGGUAAUAUCGAUCAGCACAGUGAUUGUAAAGAAAAUAAUUUAAAAAAUGAUCCCACCACUACUUCAAUAAGUCAGUCAGGAAACAGACAUAGCCCUUUAGAAGAGCAUCUUAAAAAUGAGAGUAAACUUCAAAAUAAGUUAGAAAAUCAACAAGAACAAGAGAAUCAACAGGAACAAGAGGAUCAACAUUUUAACAAAUAUUUGGAACAAAGUUCUCAAGUACAACAUACCCACCAGCAACAUGAAAAAGAUAUAAUAGAUGCGGCUGACAAAGUCUACACACAAAUUGAAGAGCAAUAUCAUCAUCAGCAGCAUCACGUUGCAUCAAUAUCAUCUACAUAUGGACAAAUGUUAAAUAGUCAUCAGCAAAACGAGCACGAGGAUCAUCAACAUAGACAUUCUUCGGCGGUGCACAAUCAUCAACAUCUACAAAAUCAGACUAUUCAACACUCUAUGCAACAACAUUAUUCGGCUGAGCAAUUAUAUCAGUUGCAACAGCAAGAACACCAUCAACAACUACAUAUGCAACAUCAAAUGCAAAAACAGGAGUUGCAACAGCUCCAUAAUAUGCCGGGGACACCACAAAGAGAGCAUAGGCAGCAACAUUCUCACAUUAUGGACUUUUUACAUCCACAACAUCACCAUCAUAAUGUAACCAACACACACAGUCCUUUACACCAACAACAGCAAAUUCAUGAAGUCUAUCAUGACUUGAUGAUGGAUGAGUUUCACGAAGAGCAUAAUUCACCCUAUAAACUAGGACUCUCACCAUCAACGGUUAAACAUGAAAAUCAAGAUGAUGGGUAUGAAACUAGUGCUGGAGAUGUUCUUACUCCAAACUCACAUGCGUCAUCUACACAUUCAAUUACACCCCAACAUCACAUGCAGCAUGGAGGACUUGUAAAAAAUGUUGUAAAAAGUGAGGAACAACAGCAAAGUCUACGACUACAACAGCAAUCUCAACGUAAUCCUCAUGUAAUUAAUGAUCGAAAUCAGAAUAUACAACAAGAAUUGGUAACCAAUGAAUCAACGGUGAACAUUGCACCUAGAGACCCCUACCACUUUAUUGAUGAUGACCUAAAUUCAGCCACAAAUAAUAGUUUGCGCAACAUUUUGACGCCUCCACAUUCUCACCCGCGUAGUAACCAAGAGGGCGGUCCAAUUAAUGGAUUUAUGGCUAUGCAAUCGGAAACCUCAGCCUCAGCUAGCCUGAAUCCAAGCUCUGAUAUGUACGCCUUAACAAAUACAACUGUUCUCCAUCAUCAUUCACAAAAGCCAACCUGUCUGGAGACAAAUACAACUACAUCAAGAACAAAUGCAGACAUUCAGCAACAUUUUUCGGAAAUAUCUGCAGAUAUUGCAGUGCAGGAACAACAGGAUGCAAUUUUAAACUUACAGACAAAAUCAGUUCAAAAAAGACGGGGACGUAAAAAAAAGGUACCGGAUGUUGCGUUGCUACCAACAAUAGAAAGGGCAAAUUCAAUUGAUGUUAAUCCGAUUACAGGGUUUACGAAAACGAAAGAACGAAAGAAACACGAUCGUUUUAAUGGAAUGUCUGAGGAAGAAGUGGUAAAACGAAUUUUGCCGGAUCAUUUGUGCGAUAAUUUAGAUAUUGUUAUAAUUGGCAUUAAUCCAGGCUUAUUUGCGGCAUAUAAAGGUCACCAUUACGCUGGUCCAGGUAAUCAUUUUUGGAAAUGUUUGUAUUUGUCUGGACUAACGCAGGAGCAAAUGAAUGCUGAUGAAGAUUUUAAACUUAUGAAAUAUGGUAUAGGAUUUACUAACAUGGUACAAAGAGCUACUAAAGGAUCAGCCGAUUUAACAAGAAAAGAAAUAAAAGAAGGCAGUCGUAUACUUCUAGAAAAAUUGCAAAGAUUUCGUCCAAAAAUUGCCGUUUUCAAUGGCAAACUGAUAUUUGAAGUGUUUUCUGGUAAAAAAGAUUUUAAUUUCGGUCGACAGCCCGAAUGUGUAGAAGGAACAGAUACCUUUAUUUGGGUUAUGCCAUCGUCUUCGGCGCGUUGUGCUCAGUUGCCUAGAGCAGCAGAUAAAGUUCCAUUUUAUGCAGCACUAAAGAAAUUUCGAGACUAUCUAAAUGGCCUAAUACCACACAUUGAUCAAUCGGAAUGUGUUUUCACUGAAGAGCGCAUUAAACAACAAUGUGAACAGGAAAAUUAUAAAAAUCAGCAAAGCAGUGCCACCAGCUCUAACGAUCCGGCCUAUCAAAAUGCAAUAGGAAUUUCAAACACAAAUAAUCCAUUACAAAAUCCAGUAGGAUAUUCAUUUGACCCUGAAACUAAUCCACAUGGUGCUGGAGAAGGACCUGGACCUCCAGCUGGCGAUAACAAUGUAAGUAAUAAUUUUAUGAUGUCAUCGUUGGUGGGCACUCAGCAUGAAAAAAAGAAGCGAGGGCGACCUAAAAAGAUCAAAGGGCAAGAAAUUAUAGAUCCUGUUACUGGUAAUAAAAUACAAGUGAAUAGCCAAUUGAUGAGUAGCAAUAAUGGAGAUUACUCCAAUAUAUUAAACUUGUCUGUUGUACAAGUCUCUAACAGUGAAAUGCCAAAGAAAAAGAGGGGUAGACCUAAAAAAGUUAAACCGCAUCCAAAUAUGAUGCAAACAGAUAUUGGACAGUCGAAUACAAUGUUGGGACAGAAACCUAAUAUCAUGUCUAUUCAGUCUCUGACCAGUGAUAUAACACAAGGCUCAACAAAUCAAAUGCAAGGUUUGCAAACAAAUCAACACGUAUCCUUGUAUUCAACACCACCACAUCAAAGAAGCAUUUAUUCACCGAUGGCUUCCCCAAUGGCUUCGCCAUCUCUAAAUUGCUCCUAUACUACCAACACACCUCCUUCGCAACCACAGCAUGAUAAAUUGUGUUUAAAUAGCAAUGGGAGGGAACCUUCUAAAGCUACAUCUGCAACAGAUCUAGUGGAGUCGACAAAUCACCAACAUACUAUACAAGAUCAAAAUUUUGGUGAGUCACCACCUCCCAGUUCUCCCAACAUCUGUAAUGUUGAUUUUGAACCUCCAGCAGCGUCAGCUACAACUGCAGCGAUUGUAAACGAGAAUGUAAAUUCCGAUUUGAAUACAAUGCAUCAACGACUGCAUAGUAACCAUCAGAGAUCGCGUUUUAAUAGUCCUAUUAACAGUGGUGAAGCUACACCAGAUCAUAACACAAACGAACAUUUUCAGCAGUGGCUUUCACCCCAACCUAAUCAUAAUAUUCAUUCUCCUGCAGCUGUAACAAGUACGAUGUUUGUAAAUUCACCCCAACAGUCAUCUCUUAAUUAUCAUGAUCAACCUCAACAACAACAAAUGCAAGCAAUUCAACAACAGCCUCAAUCCCAACACCAAGAAAUUGCACAAUGGCCGAUAAGACAAAGUCGUUAUGAUGAUAUUACCAAUAAUCCGUACUUGUUGAAUUCCCAGCUACAUCAAACACAUUCACAUAAUCACGAUAAUCACAAUCAUCAAAAUCAACAUAGCGGUAGUGAUGUUGCGAGAAAAAGUCUAUCUGGUCUUGAGUCCUUAGUUGACCAAAUACCCACUAUUUCCGAAAGUGAAUCGAUUGCUCUAUCCUCGGCAGCAGCUGUUAACGCACAGGUUGCUGCUGCUGCAGCAGUUGAAAGCAGACUUCAAGGUCUGGCUGACUCGCAUGGGGGGGGUGAAUCUCACUUCUCUGCUAUGGUGGGACCUCAAAACAGCCCAACUUCUGCACCCUCAAACAACAGUCAAAUCCAACAGUCAAAUACUACUUCGAAUUUGCUAAAUAGUAAUUUUUCUGUUAGCAAUUUAGCAGCGUCAUCUGCGUCAAGUAAUAACAAUAACAACGCCCACGAAAACUAUGGUCUACCGUCAAACAGCAGACCUCUAACCAAUCCGAAUGCUUAUCACCAUUCAAAUCUAAUGGCUGCAGCCGUUUUAGCCGCUGCCGCAGCUAAUACACCCACAAAUCUUUCAUCACCCACAGCUGUUGCAGGCACUGCUAACCAUCACACAUCAAUGUACAUGGAUCCACAUGCUCAUUUGACAACUCAUGUACCUGUCAAUUCUUUAUAUGCUACAACAGCACCACCAACGCAUCAUCAUCAUACGGCUGUGGCUGCACAUCAUCAUCAUCAUGCAGCUGCGCACUAUGGAAGCUCAACGCAACAUUCGGCAGGCUCUGAUUAUGCAACAUCGAACAAUCCGUACGCGCCUACACAAAGCAACGUAACUGCUAGCCAUACUUUACAUAUGCCCAGUCCCAAUUACCCGUAUGGAUAUCCUACAGCUACAGCCAGUCAAAGCAAUUACUCAGCUUAUCCUCACUCUCACCACGCCAACCAUCAUCAUCAUCAUGGACAUCCCCAUGCCCAUCAUACAACUGCUCAUCAUUUGGCAAUGUUCGAUCGUUUGAAACCCACCGACAUAACUGGGUACAGUGGUGGUUUUUGAUGGUGAUUCAAUUCAAAUGAAAGGUCAGGACAGCUAUAGUCAAAAUGGCUAAUUUUGACCUAAAUGAUGAUAAUAAUUGUCCUUUACUUACUACAAUUUAAGUCCCGUGAAGUAAUAUGCUGCUAAAAAUAUCAUAUAAUAUAAUACAUACAAUGAUGUAGAAUUUUUAGUUUAAGUAUACCUACAAACAUACAGUAUCUCACAUAAGUUAAGCGAAUUUUGCUAUUCAUAAAAAAGAGACUACAUUUUAUAAAAAAUACAAUAUUUAUUUGGAGAAAUUUGUGCCUAUUGUAUUUAUCUAGUGGCUUGUAAAAAUGGGACAUACCUUCCCAUAAGGGCAAUUCCACUUUAAACUUUCUUAAAAAGAAUGACCAAUUAUUGUGAUCAAAUUUUAUGAAUAAUCAAAAACCGAUUAAAUUAUAUUCGGUCAGUUCAUACACCUGUCACAUAAUGUUUUCUUCCCUAGGGAAUAACAUUGUAGAAUUAUUACACAAUCUUAAAUAUUAAUGUUAGAUCGUAUAAACUACCUUACAGAAGAUUGUAAUAUGAAAUUAUAUCAUUUAAAAAUUGUAAAUAAUAACAGAAUAAAAAUUAAUGAAAUACAAUUUAAUAAACUUUUACUUAACAGUUA